CACAACGUACUCACGCAGGACGUCAUGCGGAAGUUUUUACUGAAGACUCCAUCAGCCAGGUUGAGCUGUCAUUUGCCUCUUCAUUCAAAAUGUUUAAAGCUGUGGUUUUAAUCGGUGGUCCACAAAAGGGCACCAGAUUCAGGCCUUUGUCUUUUGAAGUCCCCAAACCACUUUUUCCUGUUGCUGGAGUUCCCAUGUUGCAACAUCACAUAGAGGCAUGCGCCAAAGUCCCAAAUAUGAAGGAAAUUUUGCUUAUUGGCUUUUACCAACCUAAUGAAGAAUUGACCAGAUUUCUUGCCAAUGCACAGCAGCAAUUCAAAAUUUCAAUCAGGUAUUUACAGGAGUAUUCGGCCUUGGGCACUGGAGGGGGUAUCUAUCACUUCAGAGAUCAGAUAGUUUCAGGAAACCCGGAGGCUUUCUUUGUUCUCAAUGCAGACGUAUGUUCAGCUUUUCCUCUCACCGAACUGCUCAAUUUUCAGAAGGAACAUGGAGAGCCAAACAGCUUUGUAAUCCUUGGCACUACAGCAAACAGAAAGCAGUCCCUAAAUUAUGGAUGCAUUGUUGCAAAUGAAGAAACAAAUGAGAUCCAGCACUACGUUGAAAAACCCAGUACAUUUGUUAGCGAUAUUAUCAACUGUGGCAUCUACCUGUUUAACCCGGACAUCUUUAAGCAUAUUGGGGCAGUUUUCCAGAAGAAUCAGCAGGAUAUGUUAUUAGAGGAGCAAAACAAUGGGUGGCAUAGAGCAGAGCACAUACGAUUGGAGCAGGACAUUUUCACUGCUCUGGCGGGACAAGGUAAACUCUACGUGUACAAGACCCUCAGCUUCUGGAGCCAAAUUAAAUCGGCCGGGUCUGCAAUUUAUGCAAGUCGACUGUACCUCAACCAGUAUCACAUAAGUCACCCUGAACGCCUGGCCACAAAUAAGGAGGGAGGCCCCAAAAUAAGUGGUAAUGUUUACAUUCAUCCAACUGCAAAUAUCGACCCCACAGCAACACUGGGCCCAAAUGUGUCCAUUGGGAUGGGAGUGACGAUCGGUGCUGGGGUCAGAGUACGAGAAUCCAUCAUUCUCCAUAAUGCAACACUACAAGAUCACUGCUGUGUUUUGAACAGCAUCGUAGGCUGGGAAAGCACCAUCGGCAAAUGGGCCCGAGUGGAGGGGACCCCAAGUGACCCCAACCCCAAUGACCCUUAUGCAAAAAUCGACAGCGAAACGUUGUUCAGGGAAGGCAAACUCACUCCGUCCAUUACUAUUCUCGGUUGUAAUGUGAGCAUCCCCUCUGAGGUCAUUAUACUCAACUCCAUCGUCCUCCCACACAAAGACCUCAACCGCAGCUUCAAAAACCAAAUCAUCCUCUAGUUUGGGGCUCAUCUCACCACUCCCCCUACUGGUUCAGAUGAAGGACACACGCUGACACGGCCUCUUGAGUUACUGUAUAUAAGAUGUCAAAAAGGAAAAAAAUAUGGGGCAUGAGAAAAGAUUGAAGUAGAUUUUUUUUAAUAUAUAUGGCCUCCAGCCUUUAUGCAUUAGUGGGAAUGAGCACUGAGCAACUAUUAACAUGUUGACUGACCUUGAGAUUUGCACAGUUGAAGCGUAACCUUUUGACCACCAGCUCUACAUAACACAAAACCUGCAUUGGUUGCCUUCUAAAAUUUGUCAUAUUUUUUGAUACUGUCUCCAUGAAGAUGUUAUUACUUUGUCUGUAAUUAUCCAGUAUGUCAUUAAACUUAAAGCAGAUGAUGCCACCAGAACAAGUUACAGAUCUAUGGAGUGGCAACAAGGUAUUUUUGAGUAAUUAAAACUAAGUCUUUUAAUGCCAUAUUGUGGAACAUUUCGGGCAAAGCAGGUGGACCACCCUACCAGAAAAAUGAUGAGAGCACCUUUAAGAAGCUAUCCAGGCUGUAAUUUUCUCCAUCUUGCAGCGGUCCUAAUGUUACCGCCUGAUCAGCAGAUUUUGUGGGUUGUUUUUUUUUUAACAUUUUGUCCAAUCCGUUGUUAAAUUACUAAUAUGUUUUGUUGGAUGCUCUGUGCAACUAAUUUAUUAAUGACCACUGCUUUCCAAGGGCACCCUGAACUGAUUAUGAACUUUGCCAUCAGAACAGUAAUUAAGGGAAUAAAAGACUUGGUAAAUAGA